GUAGAAAGAUUUCUGACGCAGCUCUCAGACUUUGCCACCAUGAAUAAAAUCAGCCUGGGCCCCCUGAAAAACAUUGUCAAAAGUAUUCUUCUGGUACCCAACGAUCAGGGCAGCGUCGUGUUGGCACCGAGUCUCUGCAGGAACGUCCACCCAAGUGACCCAGUGCUGUAAUUCCUCCAAGGCCAAGCGCUGUUGGAGACAAAUAAGACAGUGCACGGGCGUUUGGAGCGGGCUGGGACUGCUGCAGUUCCAGGCCAUGUGAAGGAGACAGCUGACCUUGCAGAUACAGAAAAACAAUCACCGUGUCCAGCUCUUUAUCGUUCAGAAACAGUGACGAAGAGGUUCGGGGGGAUUCCACUGGAAUACCCCAGACUCCAGCACUUUAUAGGAUUACUGUGAUGUUGUGGCUGCCAUUUGACACGAUAAUGCAUCAAACACUCCACGGCACGUUCAUCCCAUUGAUCCUUCCUGUUAUUAAUAGUCCCUUGCUAUUACUCUCCAGCCCUGUAGCUUCCUUCACAGCCCUGAUGCUGAGCACAACUCUUUUCAGAAAUUGUUUUGAAUUUGUCCUACUGCUUCAAGCAACUUUUCUUAUCCAGGAGUAGCAAUAAUUUUCUUUCCUGCAACCGUCUUGUGGGGAUUUAAUGCAGAAUUUGCACUUUUUCCCAUCGUGAUUCAGGCCUUGGUGCCCCCAUCUUGUCGUUCCUGUGUGUGAGCACUGGCUUCAAUCCCGUUGUAACUUUUCCUCAGCUCUGGGAUGCCACGAUAUCAAGGAUCAGACCAGAUCACAGCAGAUAACUUCGCCUCUGUGCUACACAGCCGGAAAGCCACGUGGGGCUGGCAGUCUCCUUGAAUUUAUGAGAUUCCUGCUCUUGGCUUCAGAGAGCAGAAGCCUUGUAAAGGUCCCUGUGCUGCCUGGGCCCCAGAACAAAGGGGGAAGGCGCAGCGGGGGAAAGUGUUAUAUGCACACGUUCACACCCAUCAUCCCAAACACAGCAGGUGCCCUGAAGAGGAAUUUGUCUUCUGAACAAGUCAGAGCAGAUUUCAUUGCUCUAGGCCUCAGUGAAGAGAAGGCCAGUUAUUUUGCAGAACAGUGGAAGCUGAAUUCCCCCACCCUAACACGCCUGGCUGUGGGUCAGACACUGAUGAUUAACCAGCUGAUAGACAUGGAGUGGAAGUUUGGAGUGACUGCUGGGAGCAGUGAGCUGGAAAAAGUGGGAAGUAUCUUCUUACAGCUGAAGCUGGUGGUUAAAAAAGGGAGUCAAUUGGAAAACGUGUAUGUUGAGUUAACUUUGCCCCAGUUCUACAGUUUUCUGCAUGAAAUGGAACGGGUCAAAACCAGCCUGGAAAGCUUCAGCUGAAGCUGCACAGAGCUGAGCCGACAUCUGUCCGGGAUGUUUAAUUCCUCCUCGUGGGCCUGCAGAUCUGCUCUUUCCCAGCUGACUCUUCACACCCUGAUAAGAGAAGACAAGCUGUGCAAUGAGCAGUGGUGUCAUGGCCCAGCAGGACCCAUCAAUCCUUUAGAACCUGAAACUUGAGCUAAGUUUCAGCUUUUUCAAAGCACCUACAGGUCCACUCAUCUUUUUUUUUUUUUUCUACUAUACUAUUAUGAGAAACUGUGGUCAGAAGUAAUGUGGAUAUCUUUACUAAAAUAGCAAAGAAAUAAACGCAUUCCCA